AUGGAGUUCGGGGGAGCAGCAGGGGCCUCCGAACCACACGGCUGUCUGAACUUUUUAGACUGCGAAGCAACCGCGGCCGAGAUCUCGUCGGCGCUCCAGAAGAUGCCGAGACUAGAUGCGGCUACGGCUCAAUUGGGGGCAGCUAAGGCGAAAAAGAACGGCAAGGGUCGAGUCGCAGAGGCACCCGGUAACCAGCAGGCAGCAGCAGCGGCGGUGGUGGCCCCAGCAGCCGCAAAGACGGCGGUAGCUGCUGGACACGUGUUACAGCAGCGGCCCCAACACCAAGCCGGCUCGGACAGAAACACCAGCAGCAUGCUGGCGAUGGCGCAGAAGUCCACGAGGACGGCGAAGAACGGACGCGAGCAGCAGCGCGCGCAGAAAAUCAGCGACGUGAUCGACCAGUUGAAGGCGACGCUGGACAAGGCGAACGUCAGCGACGGGUCUUCCUCGAAGCUUCACGUCCUCGUAAGCUGCGAGAGCUACCUCCGGAGCCUGAGGGACAAGAUACAGUGCUACGAGAUGGAGACCAAGCUCCGCCAAGCCGCUCGCGGGCACCGUCAGCAGGCGCCCGCGGACAGCGACACGGCAAGGGCCAGCGGUUCCAGCGUAGACAAUGACGUCAAGAGCUGGGCGGCUAAGGGCAACGCGGAGGUCGUCGGGCCAGCACGAGAAGGAAGCCUGGGCGAUGGCGGUAGCGGCGGGGUCGGCGGGGUCGGUGGCAGCAGCAGCACGGGCUCCGACGGGGACGCGGGCUCGAGCGACAGCGGCGGAGGCUCCACCUCGGCGGGCACCACCGACUCCGGGAGCCAGGACUUCACCACCGACACAACGAGCCGCGGUUUCACGACGGACAGCUCGUUCAGCGGUUACACGGGCAGCCUGGGGAGCGGCGGCGACGCCGGGAGCGCGGACGGCGGCAGCGACGAGUCCGAGGAGGGCACCGCCGGCGCAAGGAUGCGCGUCGUGAACUACUUCGACAUCUUCCGGCUGAGCAACGUGCCGAUGGCCAUCGCCGACAAAGCCGGCGCGCUGGUGGACGUGAACGACGCCAUGCGAGGCUUCGGGCGGAUCAACCAGGAGACCGUCAGCACGCUCACCGUCCGGUCCCUCGUAGCCCCCGAGAGUGCUCAGGCACUGCAAGACGCGAUGAGCGGUAUGCUGUUGGCAGCAGCAGCCUCGAGCCCUUCCGAGAGCCCGGUCCCAUCCCCGCAGAUUGGCGCGCAGCCGUUCCUGGCGAACGCGGGCAUCGGCAACAGGCCGACCCUUCUGACGGUAUCGCUCGUGUUUGACGAGGGCGGCGAGGCUAGCGCGUUCCACGUUGCCCUCAUCCCGAGGACCACCGGCACUGGCGACGGGGGGGGCAGCAGCAGUAGCUGUACAGAUGGCGGUGGUGAUACCGACGGCUUGGCUGCUUCCCGCGAACGACACAGUACCGAGUACAACGCUGAUGCGCCCGAAUUCAGCGUCCAGGCGGAGAAGGGGGAGGGGGGGGGGGGGUGCUCGGCGCGGAAGAGAGGGCGAGCGCGUAGUUGGGAUGCGGGAGGCCAGAGCAAAUCUCAGAAGCGACGGUCGGGGCAAGCAUUGUAA